CAUGACUGUCAAAUCUACAUUCUCUCUCUCUCUCUAAAACAUCACUCUCUCUCUGCCCCCCUUCUCUCUCUCUCUCUCUACAAUCUGCUCUGAAUCCAUAGAAGCUGAAGAAGGAGGAGGGGGAGAAAGGCUCCCUUGGCUCUGAGAUUCGAUUCGAUCGCCGUCCCUCUUACCCAGAAUCUCUUUGUCAGUUGGACAACAAUGUUCCAGAUUUUCAAGGCAGGGCUUUGAACGGCGAGGACGAACUAGCUAAAUCACCUCUGUCUCUGACCUUGUCUUCCAAACUGAGAGGCAGAUCAACGAAAACGAAAAAGCAAUGGAGGGAGACACAUUCUCCAGUCUCGGGAAUGGUGGGGCUGCCCAGAUCGACGGGAAGAUCUUGCAGACAUUCCAGAAGAGCUUCACGCAAGUGCAGCACAUCUUGGACCAGAACCGGGUCCUCAUCAACGAGAUCAAUCAGAACCACGAGAGCCGGGUCCCAGACAGCCUCACGAGGAACGUGGGCCUCAUCAGGGAGCUCAACAACAACAUCAGGAAGGUCGUGGACCUCUACUCGGACCUCUCCAGCAACUUCACCAAGUCCAUGGAAGCCUCCUCCUCCGAGGGCGACUCUAACAAUAAUAAUAAGCCAGAUAACAAAACGGGUGGACACAAGAGGAUUAGACCGGCAUAGAGUAUCUUUUGGGAGCCAAGAGAGACGACAUUAAGAUGAUGAGAUGAAAUGCAGAAUUUCUUUAGCAAUUCAUCUGUAUAUCAUCAUUGGGUUUGGAUAUACCUCAGAAGGAGAGUAAUUGUGUCUAGAUAAAUUUUCCUUUUUCCUCUCGUCGGUUUUUCGAAUGUGUAGUGUAACUCUUCGUAGCUUAUGUGGAUCUAAUUGAAAUUAAUGAUCAGAUGUGGAUCUAAUUGGAAAUAAUGAUCAAUCAUAAUAUCUAUGUAUCCCGA